UGUAUCCUAGCUAGUGAAGGGGCGUGUCAAUGGAUGCCACCACUGUUGCUCUCUGGGUUGAAAGAUUUGCUUUCUGUCUCUUACUGUGCAGUGCUAACAUUGGAAGCUGUGGUCUUGUUAUCUUGGUACUAUCUAAUUUCUUGUGCUAUAACCGUGCCAUGAUUGAAAAAGCUGACACUGUAAGGUUGAAGCCCCACAGAAGCCUCAAAAAUUCUGAUUCAAGGAACAUUGUAGAGCAAUUUGAUGGAAAGAAUGCACUUGAUCAGGAUGAAGGAGAGGAUUCAACCAUGAAAUCUGCACUUCUUGAAAUAUUGGGGAAGGCUACAAGUGAAGAAAACAUUCCAUAUUGGGAUGGAAUAUUGGUGAACAAAUUGGAAGAUAAGUUCAAGAAAUACCGAGCACUUUGUGAAGAAGAGCUGAGAAAAGCAAAAGAAAUAUGUGAAGACGAAUUCAGGGACAAGCUGAAAAUCAUGGAGGAAAGAUUGGAGGCCAAGUAUGAUGACGAUAGACGCAAGUGGGAGAAAGAGAGGAGGUUUCUGAAGGAAGAAUAUGAGAUGAUGCGAUGGACAUAGGCAGGACAUUACAGGAAUUUCUUGCCUAAGUUUACACAAUAUUUUCUUCUCGCUCCAGCAAAAAAGCUGCAUGGUGGCAGACUGAAUAUUUUCGCUAGACAUAAAUAUUAAUUGAAGCAUUAAUUCCAUAUGCAAGCAAAGUUA